AUGACGAUUCCUCAUUUACGUCCCAAGCCAGGCUGCCAGAUUAAAGUCAUCGGCGCAGGUCUACCACGAACAGGAACGAACUCGUUUUGCGCCGCAGUUGGAAUCUUGCUGGAAGGACCUACGUAUCAUGCAGGCGCGCAGUAUGGCGGAGCUGGCUGUCCGAGUGAGGAGCACAUCCUCACCAUGAUCGAUGCAGCAAGAUGUGUCGACAAGCCGCCUGCCCAAAAGCAAAAGUCCCUGGCGAGGCUAUACAACAUCCUCGACGGAUAUGUCGCCACCAACGACCCACCACUGACUCUCCUCGUGCCCGAGUUGAUGCAGAUGUAUCCAGAUGCAAAGGUCAUCUGCACCGUCCGCGAACGAGACUCCUGGGUCAAGAGCUUCCUCAUGAUCGUCAAGACCGCCCAGCCCACCCUGGCAGGUUUCAUUUUCUUCUGGGUGCCUUCAAUGCGAUAUCUACCUCGACUCUCAAAGGCACUGACGCACAUCUUCUACGAGCGCUUUGGGGUCGUGGUGAGGGACACCGAAACGGCCAUAACGGUCUAUGACGGACAUCAUGCGUGGCUGCAGGAGAUUGUGCCCAAGGAGAAAUUGGUCUACUACAAUGUCAAGGACGGGUGGGAGCCUCUGUGUAGGGCGUUGGAUGUGCCUGUCCCGGAUGUGCCGUUUCCGCGGCUGAACGAUUCGAAGGAUUUGGAGGAUCAUUUCAAGAAGGUGGCCAUGACGGGGCUCAUGCGGUGGGCGAUGGUGUUGGCGGGGAUUGUUGGGGUGGGGAGUGUCUUGUAUAUGUUAAUGUGA